AUGAACCCGUUGACACUAGUGAAGCGCAUUCAGAAAAUCAAUUCAAGAGAAGCUGCGUUAGGCAUCAGCGAACAAGCUUCCUGGCACACCAAAUACAAAGAUUCCGCGUAUGUUUUUGUUGGUGGCAUUCCCUUUGAUCUCACUGAGGGUGAUCUUCUGGCCGUUUUUGCUCAAUAUGGGGAGGUUGUUGAUGUUAAUCUCGUUAGAGACAAAGAUACCGGAAAAUCAAAGGGUUUUGCGUUCCUUGCAUAUGAAGAUCAAAGAAGCACUAAUCUUGCCGUUGAUAAUCUGAAUGGAGCUCAGGUUUUAGGUAGGAUUAUUAGGGUGGAUCAUGUUGAUAAGUAUAAGAAGAAGGAAGAGGAAGAUGAAGAGACAGAGCGGCAGAAAAGGGAGGCCCGUGGUGUUUGUCGAGCUUUCCAAAAAGGGGAAUGUACUCGUGGAGCUGGAUGCAAAUUUUCUCAUGAUGAGCAAAGAGCUGCAAAUACUGGUUGGGGUGAGAAGGAUAAUUCAAAAUGGGAUAAUGACAAAUAUGAUGGUCCCAAAAGAAGACAUGACAUCAACCAAUCAAAUCGCUUUCCAGAAACUAGAGACAGAGACUCACGCCCCAGAGCCCAUAGCAAUAUGAUGGAAUUAGACAACCCAUCCAAGCGAAGUGAUAGAAGAGAGGAAAAGAUGCCGCGGAGGCAUAAUGACGUUGAACUGGAACAUCGGUCAAAAGAAGAUCAACAUAGGAGAGAAGAAAAAAGAUCAAGGAACGAUUAUGACGACAGGGAACCUGAGCCAAGAGAUCACAGAAGGGAAGACAAAAGGUCAAUAAAGCGAGAGGAUGUCGAGUUUAAGCCCAGGUCAAGAGAUUCUGACGUGAGAGAAGACAAAAGACUGAGUAGGCAGGAUGUAGAUGAUUUUAGAAGCAAGUCAAAAGAAAUGCAUGGUAACCGGGAAGAGAGGAGAUCAAGAAAACCCAUUGAAGAUGAAUCUGUACCAAGGUCAAGAGAUGAUCAUGAUAGGAAGCAUGGUAACCGUGAAGAGAGGAGAUCAAGAAAGCACACUGAGGAAGAAUCUGUACCAAGGUCAAGAAAAGAUCAAGACGGGAAGCUAGAUAAUAUAUCAUAUAGAAAUAAUACUCAUCGAUCUGAAUCAAAAGGAAGAUAUGAUUCUGACCCAAGAGAAGAUAAGAGGUCAUGA